AUGUUGUCCAAGCGGAUAGCACUGUACACAACUUCUUCGCUGAAGCGUCUAGCAGCUGUACCUGAGCCAACAACAACGACGUCUUCUCGAGCUGCAAAUCAGGACAACCACGAAUCCACGAGAGCCGCCGAGAUAAAAGACGCAAAACUGAUAUUCAACCAAGCAUGGAAGAAUAUUGAAGAUCACUAUGGCAGAGAGAACAUCCACCUGCCUCGUGAAUUCAUCUUUUUGAUGGGCGCACCUGGAUCUGGCAAAGGCACACAUACUCCCUCUAUAUUGCGUGCACGUGGCAUCACCAAUCCUCCUAUUUCUGUUUCCCAACUGCUGCAAGCACCUGAAUGCAAAGAACUCAUCAACCAAGGCCAAAUGAUAUCAGACAGAUAUGUGAUAGAAUUGAUUUUGCACGCCAUGCUGGAUUGUGACCCCACUGUUGGCGUUCUCGUGGAUGGUUUUCCACGCACUGACAUACAGGUAGAGGCACUCAAGUUGCUACAUGAUCGCAUGACAGAAUUAAGACGUGAGUUUUGGAACACAGAUAGACGAGAUCAGUACCCUCGUCCUGUGUUUCGCAUCUGUGUACUCUACGUGGAUGAAGAGAUAUCGGUACAAAGACAAUUGUCGAGAGGGCGAAUGAUUCGCCAACACAACCUUGAAGUCAAAAAGACGGGUCAAGGUGUAUUCUGGGAUGAGCGUGUUACAGACAAUGAUGAAAGCUUGAUCCGAGAAAGAUAUUCCAUUUUCAAGGCGCAUUAUGGCUCGCUGCUGAAAUUGUCUAAAAUGUUUCCAUUUCAUUUGAUCAACGCCACCGGAUCCAUCAAGGAAGUUUUGCAGAUUAUUCUCAAGGAAUUUGAAUAUCAAUCAUCGCUUGAACUGGAUUCAGAUACGUUUGAUUCGAUUUCUCAUAUUCCAGUCGCAACUCAAAUUGGCAUUCAUGCUCGUCAAGAUCUGAUUAGCAGACUAGAACACUACCAAGAUACAGAGCCAGAUUUGUUACACAAGGCUAUCAAAUUUAUAGACGCUCAUGUGAUUCCUCAAGUGCAUCGUCAUUCCAUCAGUGGACAUGCCAACGUAAGAAGUGAGGAACCCUUGUUGGGUAAUGAUCAUUUUGCUGCCAUUGUGAUGGAUGUACUAUCCGAGCGUGGAUAUCAUGUAUCAUUUGACAGACGUGUACAUCAUGUUCCUGUGAAGGUUGAUUUGAAGACUGGAAAGAUUGAAUUGGACACACAUCAUAUCUAUUUGUUGACAGUCGAAUACCCCAAACAUUACAUUCGUGCUUUAGAACAAAAAUUUAAUUAA